AGAAAAUAAAAAGGAAGGGACAAAGUAAUAGUACUAUUCUUUGUGAUUUGAUUUGACUCGACUACUAUUACUCCUCCUCCUCCUUGUCUUCGACUCCUACGCCACUCUCCAUCCGUGAACUCCCUUAACCUUUUUUGCACUCGAAUUUAAUAUAAACUUCGUUCCGUUCAAUUCAAUAUAAGGUGCUUAAGGUUGUGUCUUUUAGCUUAAAGUAACCGCUACAGCAUUGCUUCUUCAACUCUAUAAUAAUAACAAUAAGAACAAUUCUCAGGGCAACUGAUAUAGUUGAAAGGUGAUUGAUUUUUGAAAAUCAUUGGAUAGAGCAAGAACAUGGCUGCUUCAUUAGAUGUUUGUUCAACUGAGGAUGCAGUUCAGGUUUUUCUACAACACUUGGUUGAUCCAUUUCUUCCAGAAAAAUCUUCUGUUCGAGAUAAUCCCACACUUUCUCAACAGCAAUUAAUUGCCAAACAGGUGCAUUCUGUUGUCUUGCUGUACAACUACUACCACAGGAAACAUCAUCCAGAACUAGAAUAUCUUCCAUUUAACGAAUUUUGCAAGUUGAGUGUGGUUCUGAGGCCAGCUUUAUUGGCAUAUAUGCAAUUUAUGCAAAAGGUAAAUGAAGUAGAGCUCAUUGAUGUGGAGAAGCAGCUAUCAUUAACAGAAAAAGUAAUUAUGGAUGCAUGCGAUGUCUGUAAACGUUUAGAUGCAUCAAAGAAUGUUCCUAAUAUAGAGGGAUGGCCCGUUUCAAAAGUUGCUAUCCUUUUAAUUGACAGUAAGAAGGAGAAGUGCUUUUUGCUGUUUGGUUCCAUCACUAGUGGGGUAUGGUCUGUGGUUGAAAAAAGUGUAGAUACCUCCAGCCAAAAUUCUGAAGUUACAUCAGGAACAAAAUUUACAUACAAAAGGAAAAGAGUCGUUAAAAAACCUGCAAAAGAUGAAAUAAAAGUUGAUGAAGAUGCACUUCUGCAAGUUGGGUAUUCUGCUGUAAAGGAAGCCACAGGUAUCAAUAACACUGAUAUCAUGCUUUUGGAAAGCCACACUGUCUAUUCUCAAAGCAAAGAGAAGGCAGCUUCUCGCUUUUUUAUAAUGCAGUGCUCCCAGUCAAUCAAUCAGGAGGUUAUUCAAGUCCCCCUCAAAGAUGUAAUUGAAAGCUUGCAGGGUCCUUUGGUCAAAAAGAAUUCUAGCAGUUGGACGAUCACUCCAGCUGUGGUUUACUUCCACGUGCUUCCUUAUUCUGAAAUAAUCUCACAGUGGAUUUCUAGAAAAGAAUUCUCAAAUAGUUUGCAAAAUUCAAGGGUAACCGCGAAAAAUAUGAUGGUCGACAUCCCUGAAGUGACAGAGUCCUAUAUAAGUAAGGACAUGCCUUCUGGUCUUGAUAGUAAGCCAAGCAAAGGUAAUAUUGAAUCUCUGGAGAAGAAAGAGAACAGCGGAAGCUGUACACUGAGACCAUGUGAUUCUAUCAAGGAGACCCGUGAGAUGGAUGUGGACAAAUCUCCAAUUUAUCCAUCUCAAAAUGAAGAAAAGUGUCAGAACAUCACCUAUGCUAUACAAAUUGAUGAAGAUGAAGAAAAAAACAAUCCAUCUGUGCAGUGUUACUCAAAUGGCUCCACCAGUGCUAUUCAGGCUAUGAAGGUUGAUUCGACACCGAUGCUCAUUGAUGAAGAUGGAAUCAACAAUAUCGCUUCUUGCAGUAAGCUUUCUGCUAAUAAACCAAAUACCUCAUAUGAAAAAGACACAACAGAUGCCUGUACUCGAAGUUCAAAUCAUUCUAACUCAGACACAGAGAAACUCCAAAGUCUUCAAGAUUCGAAAAAGAUACUGUCACGAACUGCCCUAUGUUCUCUAAUACGAAAGAGGAACGAGCUGGCCCUUCAGCAGCGCAAGGUAGAGGAUGAGAUCGCUAUUUGUGAUGAAAAAAUUGAGAGAAUGUUAACUGAUGGGAAAGAUAACUUUGAAUUGAAGAUAGAAUCCAUCAUAGAAGGCUGUAAUGGUGUAUUGGCAGCAAAUCAAGAAGGAAUGGGUAGACAACAAAGCUUCCCUUUUAAGAGCAAAAAUUUGUCAGAGAUGCAAAGUUCAUGCCAGGAUCUAGAUGAUGUAUGUCAUGAAAAUAAUUGGGUCCUACCAACUUAUCAUCUAUCUCAAUCAGAUGGUGGAUUCCAAGCUAAUGUAAUUGUUAAUGAAGUCAAGUAUCAGUGUGCAGAUGAUGGUAACUUGUGUUCCACUCCUCUUGAAGCAAGAGAAUCAGCUGCUGCUCAGAUGUUGGGUAAAUUAAGAAGUAUGGCAAAAUUAGCCAAGUAGUGUUUGAAGCAUAGAAAAUGCAUGGUUCCCUAGUGGUUGUUGGUUUUUCCAUGUAGUGUAGAAUAUUUAGCAAUACGAAGAAAACUUCAUGUUCCCAUGGUUGUACUCUAUGGAAUCAUCGAUGGCUAUGUGAAACGGGAAUUGCUUGUGUCAAUCGAAUUUGAAUGCAGAGUACAGAGUUAAUUGCUUGCAGCGUGCUAAAACGAGACUAGAUUAGAUGGGAUCAACACUGGUUCUUCUCGGAAUGACUUCGUGUUUGUUAAGUUACAUUAUCAUUGUUAGAAAAAAAAUUAACUUCGUAUGACUGCAGCUACUAUUUUGCAGAGUUUGCCUGUGAAAAUAUUUUCACUAAACUGCAAGGAAGGAGAAAAGCAAAAUGCUAUGCUGUAUGUUAUAGAAGUACGAAAAACACUAUGCUAAUUUUUUUUCCUUCCACUUCAUGUUUUAUAUAUCUAAUAACAAUGUAUGAAUAAAAGAUGGUGAAUGGUCAAAUCAACUUAGUAA